GUCGGGUGCGACUUCCCAUGGGGUCGACGUCACCUCAUUGACCUGACGUUAGGUCGUAGCUCUGAAGGAAGGAUGUAUGAGCUGAGCUUGAGGGUGGGUUGAACCUGCCCGACAACAUUAAAUAACACCCUCUCCCCGCCUCCAACGUGAAACAUUUGCAUCUUGUCACUGACAUUCCAUCACCUAACAAAACAACAUUGAUCAUCGAGUAUCUCGCAACUUCUUUGAUCAACCCUAAACAACUUUCAAGUAAACCAUUUCUCGAAUCAACACAGCACAACACACUUCACAAUCCACAAUGUCGUCCACUGAGGGCAUGAUCAACGGCGGAAGCUCUUCCGCAAACCCAACUAAGGCUCCUGUGAUGGAGGGCAACGGAGGCUUCAUGGCACAGCACAAGAUGGCAGUUGAGCCUCCCAAGAAAGAAGAUCUCCAGCGCAGUUAUGCGACUGUUGUUGAGAACGAUGCCAACCCCAAGGGCUGGUAUGGUUCGAUGAUGAACGCUCUCGGAACUAUCAUUGGAACCAUGGGUGCCGUUCCCUGCUGCAUCAUCUGCCCCAACCCCUUCAAGGAGGUCAACCAGGGUAACGUCGGCCUCGUCACGAAGUUCGGAAAGUUCUACAAGGCCGUCGAUCCUGGUCUGGUUAAUAUCAACCCUCUCAGCGAGCGACUUAUUCAGAUUGAUGUAAAGAUUCAGACCACAGAGGUGCCCGAGCAGAUUUGCAUGACGAAGGACAACGUUACUCUUCGCUUGACCUCAGUUAUCUACUACCACAUUGUCUCCCCUCACAAGGCUGCUUUCGGUAUCAAUAACGUGAAGCAGGCUCUCAUGGAGCGCACUCAGACCACUCUCCGGCACGUCGUCGGUGCUCGCGUUCUUCAGGAUGUCAUCGAGCGCCGUGAAGAGAUUGCUCAGUCCAUUGGAGAAAUCAUUGAAGACGUCGCCGCUGGAUGGGGUGUUCAGGUUGAGAGCAUGCUCAUCAAGGAUAUUGUCUUCAGUCAGGAGCUGCAGGAGUCACUCUCUAUGGCUGCUCAGAGCAAGCGUAUCGGUGAAAGCAAGAUCAUUGCCGCUAAGGCUGAGGUCGAAUCCGCCAAGCUUAUGCGACAAGCUGCCGAUAUCCUGAGUUCGGCUCCUGCCAUGCAGAUCCGAUACCUCGAGGCUAUGCAAGCCAUGGCCAAGUCUGCUAAUAGCAAGGUUAUUUUCUUACCUGCUGCUAAUCAGACCAUGGGCAACGCUCUCAACGCCGCCAUGGCCAACCAAACUGGCGAAUCCAGCGCUCGUGCCCUGGAUAACGAAAAUGACUUUGGAGGUCAGGACCCAGGUUUCCAACAGGCCAUGAACGCCCGCGUCGUGGAGAACAUCUAAUCACGGCGUUCUUCCCUCGUGCGUAUCACUUGAGGCAAUGGGCUAACGCUUGAGGGUUCCCGUUUCGGGUUCUAGCCUGGUCUACUUGAUUUCGGAAGCAUUGGCUCGACUGCUCUCUUCUCGUCUUCAUCAGAGCUACACCCCAGCUUUGCCCGUCUAACUCAACUGAAUGACCUGUCACGUUUUUGCUUUCGACGCUGCACUCUGAUACCCAUCUCAACAACAAUCGCCACCGCUCAUUGCGCUUCUUCACUUUUAGUGUAUGUAUUCUACUUUCUUCUUCUAUCGAGGGAGUGGUGGUGGAUAGGGGUGGUGUCUUGUGCCUCUUCUUUUUGGUGAUGGAUACCCUUGGUUUGCUCAGAUGAGCAUUUAAUGAGGAUGGUUUCUGAAUGAUCCCUUAACGUCAUGGAAAAUACCCAAUCGCUAUGAAUAUACCCUUUUCCUUCUGA